AUGGAGCCCUCCAUCACCGCCGCCAAGUGGCAGGACCGCCGCGAGGCCUGGGAGCAGCUCUCGACCUUCGACGCGGAGCCAAACGCCGCGGCCCUGGCCAAGGAGAACAACGGCGCGGUCGUCGACGCGGCCCUCGACGCCCUGGCGCGCUGGGCGACGUCCGGCGCGCCCGUCGCGGACGCCGUGGCCGGCGACCCGUCCGUCGUCGCCGCGAUCAUCACCAAGGGCCUCGCGUCGAGCCGCGCGGCGACGGGCCGGCGCGGGCUCGCGGCGCUCGAGGCGUUCUACGGCCGGGCGGACGUCCGGGAGGCGACGCUCGACGCGCUCGUCGCGGGGCUCGCGCCGGGGAAGACGCGGGGCAACGGCAAGGCGCCCGCGGCCUGCGCGCGCGCGCUCGCGGGCCCCUGCGCGAUGCCCGCGUCGUGGCUGCGCGCGCGGCCCGCGCUCGACGCGACCGUCGUCGCGCUCUCCGAGGCCGCGUCGCCCGAGGCGCGGUCCGCGGCCGCGGAGGUCGUGCUCGCCGUCGAGCGCGCGGACGCGGCGCGCGGCGAGGCGCUCGUGGAACGGCUCAAGGGCCCGGCGCGCAAGGCCGUCGACAAGCUCCGCGCGAGCGGCGGCGCGCCGGACGCGGCGCCGGAGCCGAAGCGCGUCAACGACGAGAACGCGCCGCCGCCGGCCGCCAAGGUCGUCGACGCGCCGCCGCCGCCCCCGGGCGACGGCGGCGACUUCGCGGAGGUGUUGGAAACUUUGGGCCUCGCGGAGCCCUUCGACGACGCUUUCGCGAAACUCGAAAACUGGCUCGCGCGCAAGGACGCGCUGGACGCCAUCGCCGGAUCCUUCGUACCCGGCGACGCGGGCCGCGACGAGAACCUGGUCGCCGCCGUGGCGCGCGUCUGCGCGAACGACGCGCACGCCAAGGUCCGCGGCGCGGCCGUCGCGUGUUUGGGCGCGCUCGCGUCCGUCGUCGGCGGCCGCCACGACGCCGCGCGCGCGCUUUUCGGGCGGCUCCGGGACAAGCGCGGCGCCGCCGAGGCGCGCGCGGCGCUCGACGCGAUCGCCGCGGCGUCGCCGGAGCUCGUCUUCGAGGACGGCCUCGCGGCCGCCGUCGGCCCGUGCCUCCGGAGCGACGGCGACGACGGCAAGAAGCGGCUGCCGCCCUUUGGGCGCGCGGCGGUCCUCGACUGGCUCGCGGCGCACGCGGGCGCCGCGCGGCGCGCGAGACCCGAGGUCGUCCGGGACUACGCGGCGCUCGCCGCCGCGGACUGCGGCGACCGCGACGCCGCGCUCCGGGGCGCCGCGGUGGAGCUCCUGGGCGCCCUCGCCGCGCGGCCCAAGGCCGACGUCGACAAGGCCUUGAAGGGCCUCGACAAGCGCGCGCGCGCCAAGGUCGAUGAGCGCGCCGCCGCCGCGCGCGCGAGCCGCGCGGCGGCGCGCGGCGCGCGGCCGCCGCCCGCGAACCUGCAGACGGCGAAAACGACGCUCGUCGCCGACGCGCCCGCGGCCGCGGCCGCGCCGCCGCCGGCGCUCGAGGGCGUGUCGCGCGCGGGCGACCUCGCGCCGCCGAAGCUGCGGGCCGCGCUGCGCGACGCCAGCGACAAGACGGCCUGGAAGCGGCGCAAGGAGGCGCUCGAGGCGCUCGUCGCCGCGUGCGCCAGGGCCGGCGGCUGGCUCGACGCGCGGGGCGACGCGGACGCGCUCGCGCCCGACGUCGACGCGCCGAAGCCCGGGGUCGUCGUCGACGCGCCCGCGGCCGUCGAGGCGCCGCCGGCGGCGCCCCUGCCCGCGGCCUUCGACUUCUCCGCGACGGCCUUCGAGGCCUACGCGCCGCGGCCGCCGAAGCCGCCCGCGGCGCCCGCGGACCGCGUCGGCGUCCUCGCGGCCGCGCGCGCGCUCCGGGCCCAGGACCCGGCCAAGCCCUUCUCCCCGGCGACGGCCGCGGCCCUCGAGUCCGCCGCCGCGGGCGCCUGGGCGGGCCUCGACGGCCUCGAGGUCGCGGGCGCGGUCUUCCGCUGCGCGCCGGCCGCGCUCGCGCGCGGCGCGCCCGGCGACGCGGACCUCGCGCUCCGCGCGUCCCUCGCCGUCCUCGGCGCGGCGCCCGCCGACGCCGUCGGGCGCGACGUCCUACGGGAGGCGCUCGGCGCCGCGGUGCGGGGCGCCGCGCGCCUCGAGGACUCGCUGCCGCACGUCGUAGAACCCGACGCGCCGCGGAAGCUCCGGCACCAGCUCGACGCGCUCGCCGCGGCGGCGGCGCUCCACGCGCGGCGCGCCGACGCCGUCGCCGCCAUCCUCGACGCGUUCCGCGACGACGCGCUCGACCGCCUCGGCGCGGGCCACCUCGCGAAGCUCCUCACGGUCGCGCUCCGCGACGACGACGCCUUCGUCGCGGCGCUGCGCCGCGGCGAGGCCGAGCCCUGCCUCUGCGCGGCGUCCGCCGUGCUCGACGCGGUGCCCGCGGACGCGCCCAAACUGAGCCUCGACGCGGCCAAGACCGUCGUCGUCGCCGCGCUCGACGCGCUCGGGCCGGAGACGCUCGCGGCCCUCGCGCCCCGCGACGACGGGCCCCUCGUCGCCCUCGUCCGCCUCCUCGGCGGCGGCGACGGCGGCGCGCCGCCGCCGCCGCCCGUGUCGCCGGACGGCGGCCGCGACCUCGCCGCGCUCCGGCUCCGCUGCGCGUCCGCCGCGCGCGCCGGCGCCGCGGCGCCGGCGGCCGGCGGCGCCGAGAAGGACCGCAUCGCCGCCCUCCGCCAGCGCCUCGACGCCCACCGGCGCGUCUCCUCCUAA